AUGGAGUCUGUAGUUCUGGAAACAAGCAUGGGCGACAUUCAGCUCGAACUUUACUGGGACCACGCCCCUCGCACUUGCAGGAACUUUGCUGAACUCACCAAAAGGGGGUAUUAUAAUGGAACCAUCUUCCAUCGCAUUAUUUCCGAUUUUAUGGUUCAAGGUGGAGAUCCGACAGGUACUGGAAGAGGUGGGACGAGCAUCUACGGCCAGAAGUUCGAAGAUGAAAUCCUCCCCGAACUGAGGUUCACAGGUGCAGGCAUUCUCGCCAUGGCCAAUUCAGGGCCCAACUCGAAUGGUUCUCAGUUUUUCAUGACAUUAGCGCCGACGCCCUACUUGGACAACAUCCACACGAUUUUCGGGCGCGUGAGCUCAGGAAUGCGAGUUCUCCAGCGACUGGGAGCCGUCGCAGUGGACGGCCAGGAUCGACCGCGCGAAGACGUUAAAAUUCACAAGGCUCGUGUCGUUUGA